AUGGCUUGUUCAGUUUUCUUGCUUCUUGUUGUUUGCUUACCAUUCAUUAUUAAUUCUCAAGAUAGAGCUCUCACUAAUGAAAGCCCUGUUCCUUUCUCACCAGAAGCAUACUCAUUUUUUCACCCAAAAGCUCAACAACAAACCGCUAGUAAUGAAAAUUUAUGUGAUUCAUCAGAUUGUUCUGAAUUUCCUAGAGCAUCGAACGUGCAGUCAAAUCUUGCAUAUGAAAGUUUAUCACCACCAGAAGGUGGUGGGAUUGGACUUGGACGUGGUGGGAUGACUGGAAUUCCUACCGGUUUUGUGUUUGCUAUUCUUAUAGCAGUUGGGAUUCUGUUUGUGAUCAGCACACGAAGACACAACUCCAGUAACACUAAUACAGCUCAGCUUAAUGCUUGA